UCCUCCUCCACUCUCUUUCUUUCUUCUUCUCUCUCUUAUCGUCGACGACUUCCUUUUUUGUAUCGGAGCAGAGAAAAUCGGCGAAAAGAUCGCGCAACUAGAAACGGAAAAAGCACCAAUAUCGGGAAAAAAAAUGACGAGUCGUGUUAAUUAAUCGGAAAUGUCUGUUGCCGAUGUUGCUUUGAGUCCUGUUCGUCAAGAAGCGAUUCGCUCCCCUGGUUAUUGCAAUAACCAGCCGAGUGAGUCGAUCUUGGUUUACCUUUCGGUUGCCGGUUCGGUGAUUCCAAUGCGAGUUUUGGAGUCGGACUCGAUUGCCUCCGUUAAGCUUCGGAUCCAGACAUGCAAAGGCUUUGUAGUGAAGAAACAGAAGCUUGUUUUCGGAGGCAGAGAAUUGGCUCGUAACGAUUCGCUUGUUAAAGACUACGGCGUGAAAGGUGGGAAUGUUUUGCAUUUAGUUUUAAAGCUUUCCGAUCUUUUGCUUAUCACUGUACGGACUACUUGUGGGAAAGAAUUUGAAUUACAUGUUGAUAGGUAUAGAAAUGUUGGGUAUUUGAAACAAAGGAUAGCAAGAAAAGGGAAGGGUUUUGUAGAUGUUGAUGAACAAGAAAUAUUUUGUAACGGGGAAAGAGUUGAUGACCAAAGGCUUAUUGAUGAUUUAUGUAAAGAUAACGAUGCUGUGAUCCAUUUGUUGGUUCAGAAAUCAGCCAAAGUUCGAGCUAAGCCUGUUGAGAAAGACUUGGAACUCUCGGUUGUUGCUGAGAGUGAUAUAGAUGAGCGGAGAGGGAGUGUAGGAGGAGAGAAAAACCAAUCCGAGGGACUUCAGAUUGUGACAAAGGAGCCAAUUGUUAGAGAUUUCUGGUUGAAACCGGUUACUGUUAAUCCUAAGGUGAAAUUGCCUUCUUUUAUGUGGGACAUGAUACAUUCGACGUUUGAUGGUUUGGAGAUUGGGAAUCAGCCAAUUAGAUCAUCUGAAGGGACUGGAGGGACUUAUUUUAUGCAAGAUAAAUUGGGGCUUCAUCAUGUUUCCAUUUUUAAGCCAAUUGAUGAGGAGCCAAUGGCUGUGAACAACCCACAGGGGUUACCUGUAUCAACGAAUGGUGAAGGGUUGAAAAAGGGUACAAGGGUUGGAGAGGGAGCAGUGAGAGAAGUGGCUGCUUAUAUAUUGGAUCAUCCAAAGAGUGGACCUCGAUCUUUGUCAGGUGAGAUGAUGGGGUUUGCCGGUGUACCCCCUACCUGCAUGGUUCAGUGCUUGCACAAAGGAUUUAACCAUCCGAAGGGGUACGAAUGUGCACCUGAGGAUGUUAAGGUUGGGUCGUUACAGAUGUUUAUGAAGAACUCUGGGAGUUGUGAGGACAUGGGUCCUGGGGGUUUCCCUGUGGAAGAAGUGCACAAGAUCAGUGUGUUCGAUAUAAGAAUGGCAAAUGCUGAUAGACAUGCUGGGAAUAUUCUGAUUGGCAAAAGGGAGGGUGGCCAGACCAUGCUUAUUCCAAUUGAUCAUGGCUAUUGCCUGCCUGAGAAUUUUGAGGAUUGCACAUUUGAUUGGCUUUACUGGUCACAAUCACGACAGCCUUACUCUCCAGACACCAUUGACUAUAUAAAGUCACUUGAUGCGGAACAAGAUAUUGCACUUCUGAAAUUUUAUGGGUGGGAUGUUCCUGUUGAGUGUGCUCGCACACUUCGUAUCUCUACCAUGCUUUUGAAAAAAGGGGUUGAGAGAGCUCUCACUCCCUUCGCCAUUGGAAGCAUCAUGUGCAGAGAAACUGUGAACAAGGAAUCUGUGAUUGAGCAGAUUGUUCGUGAAGCUCAGGAUUCCUUACUUCCAGGCAUGAGUGAAGCAGCAUUUAUUGAAACUGUCUCUCAAGUCAUGGACUCUUGGCUUGACAAGCUCACAAAUUAACACAACCCCGGUUCAUGGUACAUAUUUGUACGUAUUCACUGAAUGAUGAGUCCAUUUUUGUAUGGACUGCAGACUAUGCGAAUGUAGAUGGCUUAUCUUCUUUUAUAUGAGCCGGAAGCUUUCGUUUUUUCCUUCUUUUACUCUGUCCAAGUUGUUACUUGAUCGUGUAUCAGUAUAUUGAACAGAGUCAAAGAUAAUGAAUAAUAUGUACUCUGCUAAGAUUUUACAUAGAUCGCAGGAUUCUAGCUCAAAAAGAGCUAAUAAACCUUGUAUAUAGCUGUUUUAAUCUGAAAAUUUAGAUUUGGGAGGUGUGUAA